GUCGUCCGACAUUCAGGUGCGUCCUGUGUGCUCCCGCUGAUGAACGCUGUGUGUUGCCAGCUGACCGGGCCCAGUCAAUGUCGCUGGCCGUCGCAGCGCCCCAUUACAGCGCUCGGUAUGCGGUUGGGCAUCGUCAGCACGCAGGCGAGGCAGAUGGACGACAUGCUUGCGCGCGGGCGGAAUGUUGACUUGAUGUCCCGGUUGCUGUGUCAGUCUGUCCGGGAGACACAGGAGCAAACCGCGGACUGCAAAGCGGUGGUCGAAGACGGUUCCGCAGACGUGCUGUCCAGCGGGAGAUGGUGGAGAAGUGAGCGGGAGAUGGCGGCGGAGGCUUGGACGAUGGGCGCGGCAGGCGCAACACACAGAGCGCAGGAUGUUGAGGAGCUCUGGAAUGAG